UGUUAACCCAGCCCAACUUUAGUUUUCCUGAAUAAUGCUCAACCCAGGUGCCAUCAUCUGAAAGACUUUCAUUGAUUUCCAAUUACAGUCUACACAAUGGACACAGAUGUACUGGUCCAGCCAGGAUGUCCAGCCAUCUACCAAAAGAAAACAAAAAAAGGGAACCUAGGGACUGUGACCAAAGUCACUUUUGGUAAAAAGAAACUGAACAAACCAAAUAAAACCAUCUUGCUUGUUGGGGAGACUGGAGCAGGAAAAUCUACUCUGGUCAAUGCGCUGUUCAAUUAUGCCAUGGGAGUUAAGUGGGAGGAUAAGGUUUGGUAUAAGAUUGUGGAGGAAGGGAAUGAAACGUCAACAUCAGAUGUGGUGGUGUACGAGAUCUUUGAUUCCGAAUACAAAACUCUGCCCUACUCUCUGACCAUCAUCGAUACUCCUGGUUACAGAGAUACAGACGGACUUAAAUAUGAUGCUAUCAUCAAUCAAAGAUUGUUUGACUUGUUUCGGUCAGAAGAAGGGAUCCAUGAAGUUCAUGCUGUUGGUGUGGUGAUGAAAGCAAAUGAAAACGAAAAGCGCGGCCAGCUGACAAAUGUCUCAGAUUCAGUUAUGUGUCUGUUUGGUAAAGGCUUAGAAAAAAAAACUGUAGGUCUUAUCACACACUCUGAUGGGACGAAACCUGAUGGGACGAAAGGGAGAGGCCCUCUUUACUUAACAUUUAAUAACCGUCAAACUGAGGCACGCACAAAGGAAACUAGCUCAGAUCUAGAAGAAGCAUGGAGAUUGGCAGAGAGGGGAAUGAGCCAAUUCUCAAAUUUUCUUCAAAAGAUCUCAGCAGAGCAGCUGCAGGUAAAUGUUACAUUUGACUCAUUCAUCAGAUCGACAGCCUCCAUCCACAGCAUGCAAGAGAGAAUCAAACUAACUGAAUUGAAACAGAAAGAAAUCAAACAGAUUCAAGAGGCUCUGAAGAAACACGAAGAAGAGAUGAGUGAAAACUUCUCUAUAGAGGUAGAGGAAGUCUACAAAGAUAAAGAACCCAUUGAUGGUAAGAAGUCAUUCUUUAAAGCAGCUGUCUGCUGCACCGUCUGUGAGGAAAACUGCCACUUCCCUGGAUGCACGAUGGCCCCAAACCCUGAAAAGUGUGAGGUCAUGAAAUCAAACUCUUGCACUGUUUGUAGCAAGAAAUGUCCCGUUUCAAAACAUGUCAGAGUAGACUGGAAAUAUGUCACCAAGACUAGGAAAGUGCAGAUAACCAAAGAGGAAUGUAAAAAGAAGUACUCAAGGAGCAUUUCGGAUACAAAACAACAGGAAAAUCUUAAAGAGUCUCUUGAAAAAACAAUGGAGAUAUUAAACAUAGAGAAGGGUCGUUUGAUAGAAAAGUCUUACAAAAUUGCCAUUAAACUGGAUCCAACCCUCCUGAAAGUCAACUCAGUUUCCACGUACAUCAAUUUGGACUACCUGAUUAAGACGAUAAAGGAAAACGGAGACACAAAGAAGGUGCAUGAACUUGAAUGGAUAGAUGGACAGAUGGAUGAAGGAGCCAAAUCAGUCAUUGAUUGCAAGUUUGACAACACUUCCUUACAACAUAUUGUCUCAAACAGUGUUGCCCACAGCUCAGGGCCUCCUGCAGUCUACCAACUUAAAACAAGAAAAGAAAAUAUCGGGACUAUGACCAGAGUGACAUUUGGUAGAAGAAAACAGAACAAGCCAAAUAAAACCAUCUUACUUGUUGGUGAAACAGGAGCAGGAAAAUCUACUCUGAUCAACGCUAUGGUCAACCACGUAAUGGGAGUGAAGUUUGAGGAUGAAAUCUGCUUUCAGAUCGUAGAAGACGAGAAGAGAAGUCAGGUAGAGAGUCAGACAUCAGAUGUGAUAGUGUACGAGAUCUUUGGUUUUGAAGGUAAAACUCUGCCGUACUCUCUCACCAUCAUUGAUACUCCUGGAUAUGGAGACACCAGAGGCUAUGAGCAUGAUAUCAUAGUCAUUGAAAGAUUGUUUGAGUUGUUCAGAUCAGACGAUGGCAUUCAUGAGCUUGAUGCAGUGGGUUUGGUGCUGAAGUCAAGUGUUAACCGUCUCAGUGACCGACUGAAGUAUAUCUUUGAUUCAGUGAUGUCUCUGUUUGGAAAAGACAUAGAGAAGAACAUUGUAGCGCUUGUUACUCAUUCCACUGGAAAAAAACCGAAAGAUGUGCUUAAGGCUCUUGAAGCUGCAGAUAUUAAGUGUGCAAAAGAUGAAAAGAAACAGCCAGUUUACUUCCUGUUUAACAACUGCCAAAAUGAGGAGAGAACAGAGGAGCCAGAAUACCUUGAAAAUGCCGAUAGAGUAGCAACGAGAGGGCUGAGUGGCUUUACUGCCUUUCUGGGUAAAACUGAGCCUCAGAAACUAGAAACUACCCUGGAUGUUCUCAAUGAACGUAUCAGACUGUCUGCCUGCAUCCAAAACCUGCAGGAAAGGAUCACACUGUCUGAGCUGAAACAAAGAGAGAUUAAACAGAUCCAAGAAUCUCUGAAGAGCUAUGAAGAAAACAAAGACAAGAAUAAGAAGUUCACUGUAGAAUUUGAUGAAGCCUACAAAGACAAGGAGAACAUUCAAGGAGAUAUGUGGUUGAUGACUUUAAUUAAAGGAGCAGUCUGCUGUACUAUCUGUGAGGAAAACUGUCACGUUUCUGGAUGCACAAGUUCUAAAAACCCUAUAGACUGUGAGGUGAUGAAAGAUGGCAUAUGCACUGUGUGUUCUUCAAAAUGUCCUGCCUCUGCUCAUAUUAAAGGACAGUGGAGAUAUGUGACAAAAACUAGGAAAGUCCAGAAGGAUAUAGACAACAUAAAGACAAAAAUUAAAACAGAAAGGCGUUUGAACUUUUUAGAAAAUCUGGAGGCUGAAGUAAAAGAUCUUUCAGCACAGAAAUCUAAAUUGCUUGAUGAGUCCUACGAACAUGUUGUCCAUCUGGAGCAGAUUGCUCUCAAAGUGAAUUGUUUUUCCACAUUUGUUCACUUAGACUUUCUGAUUGACAAGAUGAAAGACGAUGGAGAUCCAAAAAAGCUCCAGAAACUAGGGGAGAUAAAGAAAAGGGAGGAUGAAGGAGCCAUGUCCAAAGUGCAGUAUGUGUUUGGCAAAUUGGCAUUAGCUGGAAAGAAAAUGAAAGAAGCAGCAAAUACUAAGUUCGGUAUCUGACUCUGACUUAAGUUGUGUAUUCUAAGUCAACCACAACACGAACACAGUUAUACAAAAGCCUAUCUAGCAUCAUUCAUUUUCUGAGCAGUCAACAACAGUACUCGGUAAUAACUGAAAUCACUGCACUGUCUGUAUAAUUCACCCUGUAUGGGUUUUCAAAUAGUAGUUGUUCAUGUUCUUUAACCUUAAAAUGUGGGUAUUUUGUUGGUAAACAUAAACGCUUGUAUUACUGGCCUUAUAAGUAGUUUUCCCCCCAUUAUGUAAUCUAAUAACUGAGUGUUGCCUAACCUUAAGUUAUAACUCUGGGAUGAAACAGAGCAUUGGGGGCACUUUCUUCUGAAAUAAGGAUCUCUCUAUGCCUAACAGUAAUCCCAUUAAAAUAUAUGUUGAAUGUAAAAU